AUGGUGCAGGCAAUCAUUGUUGUGGGCGGUGGCUACUCGGGCAUUGAGUUUGCCCAAGCGCUCGCGUCCGAGCUCCCACCCCACGUAGCUGAAAUCACCGUGAUCGACAAGAACACGUUUACGUUCCACCACGAUGCCAUUCCUCGCGCUUUCGUCGAACGCGCCUUUGUGCCCAAGCUCUUUGUGCCCACGGACCGCGCCGUGCCUCAGUACACCACCAUCGUGCAUGGGCUCGUUGACGUCAUCUCGAGCGACAGCGUUCAGGUGCAUCCUCUCGUCGACGGCCAGCUCGACGGACACGCAUACCAAAUGCACUACGACUACCUCGUCCUUGCCACGGGCAGCAGCUACCCCGCGCCCAUCAAGGUGCCCGGUGACGUCUACAGCCGCGACGCCAUCGCCAACGCCAUCUACGACGCCCACGACCACAUUGCCAAAGCGUCCAGUGUGCUCGUUGUCGGGGGCGGCAGCGUCGGGUGCGAAGUUGCCGGUGAGAUCGCCGUCGCCUACCCGACGACUCAAGUCACUCUGGUUGACGGCCACGAACACUUGGUCGCUGGUGCGAAAAUGACGCCCGAGUUUCGCUGUCGGCUGAAAGAGGCGCUGGAAGCCAUUGGUGUGCGCGUCGUCUUGGGCGAGCGCCCGGUCGAACCGCUCCGAGCUCAGUCGUACACGCGGCAAACGACACUCCUCUCGAGAGGCACGGUGCUCACAACCGAUGUCCAGCUCCUCUGUGCGGGCAUGGCCCCAAACACAGAUCUGAUCGCGCAACUGGAUCCCGAUCUGGUGACGCCGGCCGGCAUCAAAGUCAAGCCCUCAAUGCAGCUCGACGAUGACCGCUACACCAACAUCUUUGUCAUUGGCGACGCGAGCAACCACCCGUCACCAAAGACAGCGCACAUUGCUGGCGACCAAGCCGAAUUCUUAGCCGCAAGCUUAGUCCAGAAGAUACUCCACGGAACCCCCGUCGGUGCAUUUGACGCAGGCCCGACAGAAGGCCUCAUGAUUCCGAUUGGACCUGAGGGCGGCGUCGCGCAGCUUCUCAACGGUGUCGUUGAAGGCGCCUGGCUCGUGCAAAAGAAGAAGCACAAGGACUACAACACACAGCGGCUUUGGACCCACUGGAAUGCGACGCUUUCAGCGCUCUAAGAGUGAAUUGCGCCACGUCCGAUAUUUCAUUUUUGACUUUUUGAUAACUAAAUACCUACUAGUAAACCAGACAUGUGUC